AUGCGUUCACAUUAUCAAUACUUAGUCAUUGGAGGAGGUUCUGGAGGAGUUGCCUCUGCCAGAAGAGCUGCCAAAUAUGGGGCGUCCACCCUGUUAAUCGAAGCUAAGCAAAUGGGAGGUACCUGUGUCAACGUUGGGUGUGUUCCAAAGAAAGUGAUGUGGUACGCAUCAGACAUGGCUGCGAAGAUUAGACUUGCCAAGGACUACGGUUUUGAGGAUGUUGAUCCCUCGCUUGCGGACAACUUUAAUUGGUCAGGUUUCAAGGCGAAAAGAGACGCCUACAUCAAGAGACUCAAUGGAAUCUACGAGAGGAACUUGACCAAAGAAGGUGUGGACUAUCUGUUUGGUUUUGCGAGGUUCACAGAUGACGGCAAGGUCGAAGUCGUCCACAAGGAGGACAAGUCAAAGGUGUCCACUUUUACUGCCGACCACAUUCUAAUUGCUACCGGAGGCGCUCCUGUCUUUCCAAGCAAGAUUCCAGGUUGUGAACUCGGCAUUUCCUCGGAUGGGUUUUUCGAGCUGGAAACACAGCCAAAGAGGGUGGCUGUCGUGGGGGCCGGAUACAUCGGCGUGGAGUUGGCUGGAGUUUUCAACGGUCUGGGCUCAGAAACCCACUUGAUCAUCAGAGGUGACACUGUUCUGCGUAAAUUCGACACUAUCAUCCAGAACACCAUCACCGACCAUUACGUCAAGGAAGGAAUUAACGUUCACAAGCAGUCGCAGGUGACCAAGAUUGAGAAGCUUGACGACGGCUCCAAGAAGGUUACUUUGAACGACGAGUCGAGCAUCAUUGUUGACGAGCUGAUCUGGACCAUUGGCAGAAAAUCACUUAUUAAUUUAGAUGUGCACAAGAUCGGCCUCAAGCUCAACUCCAAGGACCAGGUCGUUGUCAAUGAGUACCAAGAGACCAAUGUCAAAAACGUGUAUUCCCUGGGAGACGUUGUGGGCAAAGUUGAGCUGACUCCCGUGGCUAUUGCCACCGGCCGUAAACUCUCAAACAGACUAUUUGGGCCAGAGGCGUUCAGAACUCAAAAACAGGACUUUGAGAACGUGCCUUCCGCCAUUUUCUCCCAUCCUGAAGCUGGCUCGAUCGGCCUCAGCGAGAAGGAUGCUAUCGAGAAGUACGGGGAGGCCGACAUCAAGGUGUACGAAUCUAAGUUCACAUCGAUGUUCUACGCCGUGUCUGAGCACAAAUCUCCGACCGCGUAUAAGCUUGUCUGUGUGAAGAGCCAGAACGAGAAGAUUGUUGGGCUGCACAUUGUUGGCGAUGCGUCGUCCGAGAUUCUCCAAGGAUUCGGAGUAGCUAUCAAGAUGGGAGCAACUAAGGCCAACUUUGACGACUGCGUGGCUAUUCACCCAACCUCCGCAGAAGAACUUGUUACGAUGGUGUAA